AAAAUGUCGGCCAUGGAUCUCUCGUCGGCAGCCUUCCCUGUCAACACACCAAAAUUUUGGGGCGAUGAAAAGGAAUUGGUGGCAAAUUGCAUAGAAACUGGAUGGAUUUCAUCUGAAGGUCCAGCUGUGAAAAAAUUUGAAGCGAAACUUGCUUCAAAAUGUGGCCGGAGGCAUGCGAUUGCUUGCGCCAACGGCACUGCUGCCUUGGACAUCGCCGUGAAGGCAUUGCAAUUGGGCAAAGGAGAUGAGGUGAUUCUCCCAAGCUUCUGCAUCAUCUCAGUGAUCACUCAGGUUGUAAGGGGCGGUUCCGUGCCAGUGUUGGUUGACUCUGAUUCGACCUUCAACAUGGAUGUUGCUCAGAUCCGUGAGAGGCUGACUCCCAGGACAAAGGCAAUCAUUUGUGUCCAUACCUACCAUUUCCCAGUGGACAUGGAGCCAGUCCUUGCUUUGGUCAAGGAACGUGGCAUCAAAGUGAUCGAAGAUGCAGCUGAAAUGAUAGGGCAGACAUGUCUUGGAAGACCUUGUGGUUCCUUUGGAGACAUCAGCACCAUGAGCUUCUACCCCAACAAGCACAUCACCACAGGUGAAGGUGGGAUGGUUCUGUGCGAUGCCCCUGAUCUGGCUGAAAGGUGCCAACAACUUCGUAACUUGUGCUUUGAUCCGAAGAAGCGGCGUUUUGUGCAUGAGGAGCUGGGAUGGAACUAUCGCAUGACCAAUCUGCAGGCUGCUCUGGGUCUUGGCCAGCUAUCUCAUUUGGAAGAAGCUGUUUCUCGGAAGCGGGAGAUUGGACGUCUCUACACAAAGUUGCUGGAGGGCUGUCCUGGUCUCAUUUUGCCUCCUGACAAGAACCAGAAGUCUGAGAGCAAUAUCUACUGGGUCUAUGGUGUAGAGGUGGCCCCAUCCGUGUCGUGCGAUGCAGACGCAGUCAUGAAGCGGUUGGCUGCAGCGAAAGUGGGAACCAGGCCUUUCUUUUGGCCCAUGCAUGAGCAGCCGGUGUUUGAACCGAUGGGUUUCUUCAAAGGUCAAAGCUUCCCUGUCGCUGAGCGGAUUGCCAGACGUGGUUUCUACAUACCCAGUGGCCUUGCACUUGAAGAUCAUGAAGUGGAAGAGGUGGCGAGAAGAAUCAGAAAGGUGGGUUCAUGCCCCGUCCAGUGAGGGAUGAAACUUGAUGAAACCAGACUGCAGACUGCCAGCUAUUCCUUGCACAGGUCAUGGAAGAAAUUGUUUCAGUCCCUGGCUCAAAGAUGCCCAGCAUAUGUGUCACUUUGCAGUAGCUCUGUGUAUUCACGUGUCACUGCAUUUGAGGCUGAUGGUGGCUACUCGAAAUGAAGCUGCCUAGGAAUUCUCGAUGAAGUCAGUUUGAGGCUGUAUUUACAGUUUUGCUUAGUGUCCUUGCUGUUUCGCAAGGAGUCAGGAAGUUAGAGAGAUGGGAAUGAGCAUUGAUUUGG